AUUCUUGUCCUAGACUCCUCUUUUAAUCCCCCCACACUCGCUCAUCGUGCCCUACUGACGGAAUCAUUGGCCAGCUUUCCAAAAGACUAUUUCGAUGCAAGCAUUGUUCUGUUCUCUACACGUAACGUGGACAAACAAUUGACAGGGGCCUCUGUAUUACAACGAGCCCAGAUGAUGGAAAUUAUGGCCCGACAGUUUGGUGACACCACCAACUCUAUAAAUACAUCUACCAAAGCACUUGAGAAUAUCGCAGUUGCAUUGACACCACACGGCAGAUUUAUAGACAAGUCUAUUCAUAUCCAAACCUUUUUCAAACACCAGUUCGAUGCCAACGUAACAAUCAAGCUCUAUUUCAUAAUGGGCUUUGAUACUAUCACACGCUUCCUGGAUCCGGUCUACUAUCCCGAAGGCCGCGACACAGCUCUGGAGCCAUUUUUCCGCCACUCGCAUCUGAUCUGUGCAGAUCGC